UUACUUUUCCUUAGGUGAACAAACAGCUGUUUCGACUUGUUGCCUCUUCCAUUUCUAUACAAUCGGCGUUUUGCCCUUUUCUUUUAUUCGCAACGCUCUGCUCACCAUUCCGCUUCCUUGUAAUUUGUGUCAUACCGGACUUAAUAAAUCUCCAUUGUCAGAAUGGGUGUCACAGUGUUGCAACCAUAUCAAAUACCUGAAGGAAAAACUGGAGCCCAGGCCAUAGACUUCCUAACUAAGCGACUGCUGGCUUUGGGCGCUGUGCACACGGGACAAUUUCUUGUAGAUUGUGAAACUUAUAUUUCAGCACCCCAGCAUGGCCCCUCAAAGGCAGUACAUGUUCUGCACGACUCCGAAUAUCCAGUGACAACAUUUUCCAUAUUGGAUACCGGCACCGGUAAGCAAAUACCAUUGGUUGCCGACAACCUCUUCGAUUUGUUGAUGCUCAAAAUGACUUCUGUCUACACUUCAAAGAAACAAACAAAAAUUGAAUCCAAAGGUGCACGCUUUGAAUAUGGGGAUUUUCUCAUCAAACUCGGCUCUGUAACUAUGAUGGAGAAUUUCAAAGGUAUCCUCAUCGAAAUUGAAUACCGUCCAUGUGUUGUUCUCUUCUAUUGCUGGGAAAUGAUACGUGAAGUGUUGCAGUCAUUUUUAGGCGUAACAGUGGCCAAAGAAUAUCCUGGCUAUUUUACAUCGCAACCGGUUGUGAAUGCCAUGGGCCAACAGCAGCUGCAUGCCAAACAACAUGAUAUUUACGAACCAAUUGAUACCAUCAAUCAAUAUUUGGAACAUUUUACCAAUUAUCGUAAACAGAAUAUAAUGCCACAGGUCUCAUCACAGUCAUCCAAUAUGUCUAUGAAUACCGGCAUGAGGGUGUCGUAAGUUGUGGAGAUUUUUUUGUGAAAUAGACUUAAGUUAAUUAAGAAAGAAAGAAAAUUAAAUAAUAAUAUUGUACAUUUUUUAAAAAUA